CCGACAAGAACUGGACACGGUGCGAAGUGAAAAACCUGUCGAUGAGCACGAUACCGUUGAGAUGACCAGUUAUCAGCAGCAGUUGCAGCAACCGACGCAACCGCCGCAGCCCAAUGCCAGAAGCAGCACACCGUCGGCACAGAACUUCGAUAAGGAAGACUAUAAACGGUUGGUGACGUCAGUCGAAAAUGAAGUGGCGAGCUACAUGAAACAAAAGGAUAAACACAAGAAGCUACAGGCAUCGAAAAAAUUGACGGCGUGCACGAAACAAUUACUGACGAUGGACAAGCAGCUGUUGAACGAGUACGAACGGCUAGUGAACGAGCACAGCUUUGCCACAGAGCAUUCGCUUACAAUUCCGAUCGCUUCGUCGCCAAACGACCACGAACGGAGUAGUGUGGAGAUCGAGGCCGAAUUGGCCGAGGUAAGCCGCAGGGCACUGGAGAAGGAGCAACAAGUAGCAGAGUUGCAGGAACAGCUUACGCUUGCACUAAGCGAGUCGAUGGGAGGAGCCGUAGCUGAGAAGGAUUCCGACGAAGAAUUGGAACUGUUGCAGCUAGAGCUGAACAGUAAGAACGAGGAGAUACAGGAGUUGCGACAGGAUAUCGAGGCGCUGGUAGAUGCGAAGGCUUCCGAGAUGUACCGUGCACAAACGUGCCUGGUUGAGGCGCAAACCGAAGUGCACAAUCUUAAGACGGCUGUCACUGAAUGGCAGCGCAAGUGUGCGAAGCUGGAAGCUAUACACGAUCCGCAGGCCUUCGAGCAGAUGCAGCAAGAGUUAAGCCAUCAGCAGGACACUAUCCGCACGCUGAACGAGCAAAUAGUCGAACUUUACCGAACGAUUGAAGAGCGUGAUUCCGAGCUGGCUGAAUGUCAGGAGCUGGUUGAGCAACUGAGAGACCAAAAGCAAACGCAGCUCGAGUCUCUUGAUUACGAACGGAAGCAGCUUACCGGUGCCGUUGCGGAGCUGCAAGCAAAAUUGGACGAAUCGCUGAACCUUCGCGAGGCUUUGCAGCGGGAGUACGAUAUACUUGACCAAAAGAACGAAGAAUUGUUGGAGAAGUUGAAAAAGUUUGCCGCCAACUUGAAAAAGAAGAACGUCCAGUGCAGCGAGUUGGAAAAGCAGUUGCAGUGCAACGAAGGAACCAUCCAGCAACUAACAAAAACGGUGAAAGAGUUAGAGGAGGAACCGCGCGAAACGGCGCCAACAUGUGCAAUCGAGGCGUACGCCCAAGUUGAGCAAGAACGGGAUGAAUUGGCUGAUAAAUUACAUCAUCUCAACAACGAAUUGCACCGGUUGCUGGAGCAAAAAUAUCAGUUGGAAGCGGAGCUCCUGACAAUACGCGAAGAGCUGCGAACGGUGCGCGAGCAGCUCGCAUUGGCGGACGUCAAAAUUGUGCGCAGUAGUGAACAGCUACAGGUCACUGAUCGAGAGCUGACCGAGGUACGGAUGACAGUCGAAGCACAUGAACAGGAGCUUAGCGUGCGUCAGGCAAAGCUCGACAAGUGCAAGGCUAUCAUCAAGGAGAAGAUCAAAGAGACGCAGCGUCUGCAGGAAAGCGAACGCCGUACUGCAUAUCUCGAGGACGAGUUGCGAAUGACGCAAUGCAAGUUAGAAGAGUUCCACAAGCAAACACUGCUGUUGGGACGCCUUAAGAGCGAAAAAGAGGAGCUAAAUGCAGCGGUGCGGGAAGAGCAGGAGCAUCGCAGUAAAGUGGAGCAGGAGUUAGCACAACUACGACAACAGAUAGUCUAUGGCGAGGAACGGGAACGUCACACGGAAGCCAAACUAUCAAAGUUAUCUGACUGGCUACGCCGAUUCGAGACGGGGUGGCGCUCAGUAGCCAGCGAAGGCGCCAACGUUCAUGACCAAGACCUGGUAAAGGCUGCUGUGGAGCGUUUUACUGGCAAGUUCGCCUCCGACGCGCACCCCUAUGACGAUGAUUUGUUGAGACUCCCGGCGAUACUGGCUGAAAGCAAUCAACACAUUACGCUGCUGUUGCAGCGCAAUACACGUGAAACUAGCGAGCUUACUGAGCGUUUCAACGAGCAACAGCUUCUCAUCGGCACACUGGAAUCUGAACUGGACCGGCUUCGAUUGGAGCUACAUUCUGUAAACGAAAGAAAGUCCUUCAGCGAACAAGUCGCGAAGGAAAAGAGUGAAGCGUUUGAGCGGGUGGCGCAGGAACUGCAGGAGGCACGCAAUCAAUUGUCGGAGUUGCGGCAGGUAGAGCUAAACCAGCUACAGGCACAGCUGGAGCAGGCGCACUCUGAGCUGCAGCAGAUGCAGCCCGAGCUGCAGCAGGUGCAGGCCGAGCUGGUGGAAGUGCAGAACGAACUCGAGCAAAGCAAAAACUAUCAGCGCACCGUUAGUGAAGAGUGUGUGGAAUUGCGUAGUCGCAAUGAGCAACAGACAGAAAUGCUCCGUACGCUAGAGGACGCUAAGCUGACAAUCGAAGAGAAAAUGAGCAGUCAGCUAAAUUCGCUCACCGCAGACCGCAACAACUUAGAGACGGAGCUAGCAGCGGUCGUUAGCGAGAAAGAAGCGGUUCUCAUCGAGUGCAAUCAGGCGCAGAGUACACGCAGGUCCCUUGAAGAUCAACUGGCUGACCUGGCCGAGAAGCUAACCGCAACCGAGCAACAGCUGGGUGUCCUGCAACAGCAGUACGAUAAUAGUCAGCUGGCCAUGGUCGAGCGCACUGAAACAUUAACGCUCGAAUGUAAUCGAUAUCGGGAGGACUGUGAGCGACUAGGACGUGAGCUGGAAGAAAUGAGUCAGCAAAAGAUAACCCUGCAAGUCAGGUUCAAUGAGAAGGAAACAGCGAUGGUCGAACUUCAGGCAGCACUUGAUGAACUGAGAGUCCGACACAAGGAGGCCACCAUGAGCGCUACCGAUGGCGAGCACUAUAAGGCUGAAUGUGAGGCCCUCGACCAAGAGCUAAAGUGCCUGAAGCAGGUUCAGCAGCAGCAGGUGCAAAGCUCAACGCAAACGGAAGCAUUGCUUCGCAAGCAGUGCGAGGAACUUCACGAAGAAUGUGAGGAGCUAAAACGCCAGACGCUGCUGAAGAGUGAAACUCAACCUCAACUGAGCGUGGCUGCUGAUAGUUGCAAUAUGUGGGAUGAUCAGUCGCUAGAUGCGGGCUGGGGAGAUACGGGCACUGCUCAGCAGGAUGAAGUGCUCCGCCAAAAGGAUGAACACAUACAUCAACUUAUGGUUGAGAAGGAGCUGAUGCAGGGCGAGAUCAACGAGUUGAAGGUGCGGUGUGGCAAGCUGGUCCGCAAGCUUAAGGAGUGCAAAGCGAAGGCGGAUAAUCUGGAAGUGGGAUUAGCGAGUGGCAGUGAGGAGGGAGGCCCCGAGCGCAUCGCGAAGCUACAGCGCGAGCAGGUGGAAUUGCUGGCCAGGUACGAUACGCUCCAAGAGUCCUUCGAGCGAAUACAACAGCUGAAUAGUAGUCAAGCAGCACAGCUAGACAUACUGGAGAAGACCAUACGCGAGCGAGAUGUCAUUGCCAAUCAACCGAUGGGGCUGGUUGAGCGCCUGUCGCAGCUUUGCGGAUCUCUCGAAGAACUGCAAGCUACCCUUGCGGAGUUACGCCCCGAAGAGUUAUCGCCGGCGUCACCCAUUACUACCACGCUUGAUUCCUUCGUACAACGGUGCCGUGCAAUCGUAAACUGCGUGGCGGCGCAACAAGGUGGAGCAGAAUUGCAGCGGCUCGAUCAACGCCAACCACAGCCGAAAACUGAUGAACCGAUUACGGAGAAGGAGGAGGAGACGGCUGGCAGCAGGUUUGUAGCGAACGAGCUCGAGCAGCGAGUGGCCGAGCUUGAGCGCAGCCAUGGUCAACUUGAGCAGGAAAAGAGCAAACUGGAGCAGGAGCUAGACGAGCUGAACCAACGCAUCAUGCAGGAUUGGCGAUUUGAGGAUCAGCUUAAUCGAGUGACGCUUGAACUCGAUGCAAAAAAUGUGGAGCUGCAACUGGUUCGUUCGACGUUAGUGCAACUGCAGACGAGCGCUGGUGUCGCCGAUGAUGGUAUCGGCAAGCGUGAGAGCGAAUUAUUGGACGAGAUUGACGAACUGAAGGAUCAGAUCAAACUACUGGAGCAGGAGCUCGCCGUUGCCGGCACGCAGACCGAUGCUACCGCUUUGAAUGUGCCGGAGGCCGAAGUGGAACAGACGAUGGCAGCCUCGCUACCGUCCCCGAUGGAUGAUCCCCAGGUUCGGGUGGUGCUAGAGCAGCAGGAAACCGAAAUUGUUGCGCUUCAACAGCAGCUCGCCAUCCGGAGCGCCGAAUAUGCGCGGCUGGCGUCACAGAUCGACCCAGCACGGCUCGCGGCCACCAUCAACAGGCCCGGCGAAACUGCUUCCGACACCCAGCAGCAGCUGCAAGCCGGUGAUCGUGUACCGCGGGCUGAACUCGAGCUUGCCCUGUACAUGGUCUAUCAACGCGAUAUGCGCUGCGAGGAGCUAGAGCUGGAACUGCAGAAUCUGCUACAGGAACGUGAUGCCCUUCAGUUGCGCCUCUCGAACGCACUACGAGUGCACGAAGAAUUUCGAGUACGGCUGGCUGAAGGUACAACUACGUCCGCCAGCAGCGGCAGUGGAGUUGUUGUAGAAGCUGCUGGUCAGUUUGGCGAAUGCUCACUGGAAGCUGGUACCAGCGGGAGCGAGCGAGAUGCCAGCCUCGAAGGAGCUGCGCCACGGCCGGGCAGUGCCACCGAUACGCAGGACCUAAGCACGAAGCUAUCGGAGCUGCAAUCGAUCGGCUACUCAAAGGAGAAACGCCGACAGGAGGAGCGCGAGGAUCGCAACCGGCAGCUGGCACAGAUACAGCGUGAUCUCGCCAACAUGCCGCUCGAGGCGGCCGCUAAAAUAGCCGGCACGGAAGUUGUGGACACCGAAGCAGCCUCCCAACAGAGUGCCUCCUCCGUGCUCAUCAACUGGAUCCUGGGGAAGAAAUAGAAUGCUGCCCCACGGAAGCACCAGCACCAGCAGAAAUAGGAAAAUUAUUCUGCUGUAUCAUUUGGCCGCAGGGCGCCCGCCGGGCUCGGAUGCAACACAUUACAUACCGACAGCUGUAUUAUAUUGUACCAUAUGAGCCACAGGUUCCUACGCAAAACGUUUGGGCCACCGAUUUAGUCAAAUGUUGCAGCCGUAAUUUAAUGGAAUUGGAAUUGAAGACGCGUCCUGUACUACUACUAAAUGUAAGACGACUGUUUGAAAUUCAAAUAGGCAAAUGGGUGGUGAGUUCUGUUAUUGUGAUGGUGGGCCCAGUUGUCAUGGUGGGGGGUUUUCCAAACCAUGCUUGGGUUCUGGAGUGUGUGUGUUCUAAACCGGGUGGAAGGAUGACUGGACGUAUGUGCGGAGGAGGGCGGAAUAAAAAAGGCUGAGUAAGUCUUGGAACGGUAUCGGAAACCGACGACUAAAAGUCUAAUUCAUUUCGGCAAAAUCGGAUAUACGCCGAUUCGCAACAACGACUACCACCACCCACUACAGAACGGGUGUGUUGGUUCGUGGCUGUUAAUUGAAUAAAAAAAUGGUGAAUUUUCGUGA